GUGCAUGAAAAAGCCUGUGUAUCAACAGCAGACAUGUUCGGCUGCCCUAGAGAGGCCGUACGCGUCAAAGUGAAGAAAUGCGAGACCAGACAUCAGCCCGAGUACCGCAAAUUCAGUGUGGACCCGCAGAUAACAUCCAUCGAGGUGCUUCAGAGUAUACUCAUCAAAGCGUUCGACAUCAAAGGAGAGUUCACCGUUUCGUAUCGAGCAAUAGACGAUUAUGGGUCGGAAACAUAUUUAUUCCUACUUUCCGAUUGGGACUUGGAUGCAGCGUUCAUUAGCGCCUCUGAGCCGUAUCUGUACCUUCAAGUCAACCUGAAACCCUUUGGAGAGACGGGCGACUGCGAGUAUUACUGGGAGCAAAAUGCCCAGGAAGUAUCGACGCGGCAGGAGACCGGGUUUCCAUACAGGACGCCCAAGUUACCUGGCCUCAUCAUGAACAAGAUGGAGAGAACGCUGAACAUGGUUCAACGUGCUCUGGGUAACUUGGGCGAGGAUUCACAUCAGCAAAGUGUUCAACCACCGCGACAGCCGCUCACGGAUGCAGAGUUUCGACGAUUUUUGGAUCCCAUCGGUCAGGUGAUACACCCCAAAGAAUUGAGGGCUGUGAUAUACUUCGGCGGGAUCGAGCCGAGUCUGCGUAAAGUGGUUUGGAAACACAUUCUAAAUGUGUAUCCAGAAGGCAUGUCUGGCCGCGAGAGAAUGGACUACAUGAAGAAAAAGUCGCAGGAAUAUCAGAAUCUUCGAGAACGAUGGAAAACCCUUGUUCAAAAGGGACAGAAUGUUGGGGACCUAGGGUACGUGACGAGUAUGGUCCGCAAAGACGUGUUGAGAACUGAUAGACAUCACAAAUUUUAUGGUGGUUCCGACGAUAAUCAAAAUACCGCCAGUCUGUUCAAUAUCUUAACUACGUACGCCUUGAAUCAUCCAAGUGUCAGUUAUUGUCAGGGCAUGAGCGACCUGGCUUCGCCCCUUCUAGUUACUAUGAGAGACGAAGCACAAGCAUACAUAUGUUUGUGCGCUCUAAUGAGGAGAUUAAAGGACAAUUUUAUGCUCGAUGGAAUAGCGAUGACCACUAAAUUUGCCCAUUUGGCUGAAGGUUUGCAGCAUUACGAUCCUGACUUUUACGCUUAUUUGAAAUCUCAUCAAGCAGACGACCUGUUGUUUUGCUAUCGAUGGCUUUUACUGGAAAUGAAGCGAGAAUUCGCUUUGGAUGACGCUUUAAGAAUGCUCGAGGUACUGUGGGCCGCAUUGCCGGCUUCGCCACAGAAUGGAGAACUUAACCUCGCUGAAGUACCCUUUCCGCCACCAUCGCCACCACCGAGCCCAAACGUAAAACACAUUCGUGAAAAUGCGUACACAAAGGUUUGCGCUAUUAGGCGGCAAAGUUCAUCUGCAAGCAUUGCUGCUACCGGGAAAAGAAAAACCUUAAAUGCAGAGGAAUCUAUACAACCUUCUGCAGAGACCAACGGAGAUUCAAAGAGAUCAAGCUCUCCUUACGAAACGUUUUCUGAACCAGAAAAUGAUUUAACAACGGCAAAAAAUCGAAGAAACACAGAAUCUACAAAAAAGUGCCUAAGCACAGGUUCUCUACCUGGCAAAUCUAAACGCGUUAACUCAUUGGAAUUUAAGGAAAGACUAUUGUUACCAAAUAAAGAUCAAAAUAAAAAUAACGAGCAAAAUGAUGGCGAAAAGAAAUAUACACGAGUGGUAAAAAAUCUGAAUGAAUUUUUAAAUUUUACAAGUCUGAAUCGUAGUAAAAUAACGCCAAGCGAUACUGAACCAGAAUUAAGGCGAGUUUCGAGCGAAACCGGAGUUAUUAGAGUGUUACGAGAUGAGCCUAGUUCUCCGGAUGAUCCAACAGAUUUCUUUCCAAUGACUACUUCGAUGACUAGAGAGUUAAGACUGGAGCUAGAAUCACUGGAUCGACAAGUCUUCGGACCAUCGCCACCCAGCGAUCAGCAAUGCGAUUGCGUACUUUCAAAAAGGGAAAGUGAACUUGUUGAAAGUGAAACAGACACGGAAUUAGCGAGGUGUAGUCCAGCUGCAGACGUAUUCGUGUGGGAAAAUCCUCUUCACACAUUACAACAAAAAGUUCAUCCAGCCACUCCUGACGAGCAAGCAGAACUCGAAUACGACGGAGAAAUAUUGGAAGACCAAAAUGGCGUUAAAUCUGUUACUCCCAUUAGACUACUAAAACGUACUACUAGGUCUGAAUCGGCAUCAGAUAGUGAAGAAACUGAAAAUUGGCAACAAAAUUCAACUGUACUCGAAAGUCCAACUAAACAAUCUGCACAAGAACACUGUGAAGAGGCUACAGAGCUCAUGAAUCUUAUUCCAGCGGGUACAAGUGAAGAUCAGUUAGGAGAAAGUUCAUUACCUCCGCCUAACGAAUUUGGCGGUGGUAACCCCUUCCUUAUGUUCCUGUGCAUUACACUUUUACUGCAGCAUAGAGACUUUGUUAUGCGCAAUCAAAUGGAUUAUAAUGAAAUGGCCAUGCAUUUCGAUAAAAUGGUCCGUCGACACAACGUUCUUCGAGUGCUCAAUCAAGCGAGGCAGCUGUUCGCUGGUUAUCUUAGAAGGCAUUCUUCAUCAGCAGUGACAAAGUCGGACUCCAUAAACGUAUAA